UAAACAAUAAACCAUGGACAAAACUUCUACGUCAGACCCCUGUACAGCUCCUGGGUGUGAAGAGGCCCUUAGAUCAGUACUGCGGGGACUAUGGCUGGUAAAGGCCUCAUACAGCCCGACAAGGGGCGGAGCGUUACACACUCGCCCCGCCCACAACGGUGCCUUCUGAAUUUCGGCUUAUGAAAGUCGCCCAUAUAUAUAUGUAUUAUAAGCCUGAGGCCAGUACAGAGGCCGUCCUGCUGUUAUAUCGGUACAGCCCUGAUAUACGGCCGAUGCUCGGCGCUCUACACCCGGGGUUCACCUCUCCCGGGCGUUCUCCAUCUUCUCCGUCACUUCGGUACCGCGCGUCUCGCUCCUCUGGCAGAUCACUCCGCGCAUGGACGCAGCACACAGCGGUUUGCGAGCUGACGAGAUUUGCGCAGGAUGGAUUUGUUUUAUCUGCUGUUGCAGACGGUUCUUCUCCUGUGUGGGGCGGAGGUCGUGUCAUCUUGCCUACUUUGCUUCACGACUUCAAGGGAAAGAGACGACAUUUGUAGAUAUGCUGUCUCGCUGGAAAAAAUUGAGGCCGUGGACUGCCUUCAAAGGCUCCAGAGGGGUUUUGAUCCCCUGAAUAACAUCUCAAUAGCCUUUUCACAGGUGCAAGAUAUUAAAAAGCGUCUGAAAACCUUCGGAGACGAAGUUAAAAAGAUUGAAAAAUUAUUCUUCCCACCAGCUUGGGUGGAACAAUUUGAAUAUAAGAUGGCGGACUUUGUAAAAGGCGUGAAGGAACUUGUUGCAGGUCAUCCAGCGGCACAAUGUAGACCUCCAUGUGGCCGUCAAAAAGAAGCCUGGACCUAUUCGUGCAGCAAGUGUGUGGUGGUGGAUUGCCAGCUCCCUGUCUCCUGCCCCAUUCAAGAAACACAAGUUAACGCCUAUGAAAAGACCAUGAUCCCGUGCGGAGGGACAUUUGUAAUUCCAGAACAUGAUAAAAUCACCUGGAAAUUUUCCAAAGAUAGGUGGACACAUGACUUAAGCCUUUUCAAAGAAAUCGAACAAGAAAGUGGCCAAUUUCUAAUAUUCAGUCCCGUCCAGGAAAAAGACAAAGGGACUUAUGUGUGUGAGAUAACCGAUGAGGAUGAUGUGAUAAGUGUACGAGCCUUUCAUUAUCUGAAUGUGCGAAGAGCCAAAACAGAUGAGGGUAUGAGGGUGCAGGCGAUAUUCAACAGGGUAGUGAUACCAGCAACAACCCCCACAGAGACAAAGAAGAAAGUAGAGGAGAAUCAUCUGCCCUCCCUUACAGACGCCAUCACUGCCUUCCUCCAGAGCAAGAUUGGCUAUUCCAUCUGUGCAGGAGUUGUCAUCAUGGUCUGUACAAUUUUAGUUGGGUUUCUAUGGCGUUAUGCCAAUAGCGUGGACUGGUGAUACAACCAACAACUGCCAAGAAAAAAAAAAAAAAAUCCCCUACAC